AACAAUCUGGCAAGUUUAGGAUGGGGAACGAAAACAAAACACUUCUGGAACAACGGGAAACAUUUGCUAUGGAGUCAUAUCGUAGCGCUGUACAAAUCGGACACAGAUUCCCUGCUUCGGAAGACCAAGCUGACAUGCGAUCACGUUUACCUCACCCCACACGCUAAGAUGAGAGUGAAUUUGGCAGCACAAGUGCUUAGCUACUCUGUAGGACGCCUGCUGCAGGCAAAUUCAGGAGAAGAGGCGCAGGAAACAGCCAAAUUCGUCCUGCUUAUGGACAGAUUUUUCGACUGUCUGAACGUACGAUCGCACAAUGAGGCCGAGCGGAAAAGGAAGCCUGAUCUGCUGCCCUUCCGGAAUGCUGAUGAUGCCCGCUUUCAUUUCCUUGAACACGAGUUCCUCGGCUACGUCAAUGAAUGGGCAAAUGCAGCUGCAACCAGACCUGGCAACUACACGAAGGCUGCUAGAAAUGCCAUGUUUUUGUCACAGCAAACGUCUGAAGGGUUAUGGAUGACAGUACAUUCUGUGAUUGAAGCGACAAGAUACCUACUCAACAAUGGCGUCGAGUUCGUCUUCACCAAUGUUUUCUGCCAAGAUCCUAUAGAGGAGCACUUUGGCCGCCACAGAGGUCUAGGGAGAAGAUGCGAUAACCCUAAUCUUUGGACAUUUGGAUACCAAGAGAAUAAAAUCCGCAUGCAACGGUCUCUCGCACAUGCAUUCUACUCCAGAGGCAAUGUCACCAGCCACAUGAAAAGACAACGACUGAGUGCUAUCUCAAAUAGUCCUUUGAAGAACUGCAAACGAAAAUGA